CUCUCCACUGAUUCCAUCUCUGUUUUCCUCUGCAACCAUUGCUAUUUUUUAGGACUAGUGGAGUCAAGAAAAGAAUACCCACUACUUCUCACAAAGAGAUAAAAAAGGGAGGAGAGAGAAAGAGAGUGUGUGAUACAGUGAACCCAUCUUUUUGUUUUGUUUUGUUUUUCAGGUACUUUUGAAUUUAUGGGUGUUGUGUGCCUCGAAAGCUCUUGAAAUCUUUAACUACGGUGAUAAAAGAAAAGAAAAGAAGAGAAAAAAACUAAUUUUACUGAAAUAUUAUUAUUAUUAUUAGAAGGAUACAAACAAAACCGUAUAAAGCAAACCGAAAAAGCAGAUUAAAAUACAACCCUUUUUUCGAUUUUUGUUUGUUUGUGUUUAUUUGUGUGUGUGUGUGUCUAGUACUGAUCAUGACUCGGUGAUAGCUUUGCUCCCAUGUCGGUUGUGAGAGAUUGGGAAUGAGAAUGGGUUUCUUGCUGAUAAACUAGAGAAAGAAAGUGCGAGAAAACCGGGGAAAAAGUCGAGACUCUUUGUUUCUUGUUAUUUUCUCGGAUUUUAGCCAUGGAGGUCACAGUUUUUUAGAUUAUAGAAGAAGAUAGAGAUCGAAUUCAUGGUUGCCUAUUCUGAUUUUUUGGAUUUCUGGGUUUUAUUCUUCGAUAGAACUCCAAGGUGGGUCUUGUAAAUUCAUGGCGGUUUCUAGCUAAAAUCCCAUUUCUUUUCUGAGAAGACUGAUGUUGAGGAAGAGAUCAAGAGCAACAAGUAAGCAAGCUCUAAUGGCGGAUCAUGGUUUUUCACAAUCACCGAAGGAGAAUUACAGAAAACCAAUUUCAUCGAUUUUCAGCUCUCCAAGAAUGUUCACCGACACUGAAUCUGUACUCAGCAGCCCAACUUCAAUCCUUGAUAGCAAACCCUUCUCUGCUUUGAGAAACCCAUUUCGUUCCGAUUCACACACCACAAAAACCCCCAAACCUGAAAUUCGAACUCACUGGGAUUCAAGAGGGGUUGGUCUGGGCAUUGUUGAUGCUCUCAGCGAUGAAAAAUCAGACCCAAAUCAAUCCAAACUCGAAACCCGAAAAGUCUUGUUUGGAUCACAAUUGAAGAUUCAAAUCCCUCCCCUGUUACCCUCUGUUCUAUCCCCUGCUGAAUCGCCGAGAUCACCGGCUGAUUUCGGCACCAAGACGAGGAAUUCUCAAUUGGGUUCUUUUUCCCCUGGAUUAUCUAAGAAAUCACCUUUUGGGUCUGAGAAUUCGGGCAGAGAAAACCAGAAUUCGACUCGGGUUUUUGCUGGAUGUCUCUCUGCUAGUGAAAUGGAGCUUUCGGAGGACUAUACUUGUGUGAUUUCGCACGGUCCGAAUCCGAAGACGACUCAUAUAUUUGACAAUUGUGUUGUUGAAAGUUGCUGUGGUGUUGUUGGGAUCUCUGGUGGGAGAAAGGAAAAUGGUUUUUAUGGGAAUGGAUCAAUGAGGUAUCCAUCUGAGAGUUUUCUCAGCUUCUGUUACACUUGCAAGAAAAAUCUUGGGCAAGGAAAAGACAUUUACAUAUACAGAGGGGAGAAGGCCUUUUGCAGCAGCGAAUGCCGGCACAAGGAGAUGAUGUUGGAGGAGGGAAUAGGGGAAAAUGGAGUAUGAUGUUCAUGUGACUUGCCCCCUGAUAAUUCUUCUCUUUUUCUUUCUUUCUUUCUUGUUUCAAAGAGCUAUAAAGUAAACUCAACCAGCUUCACAUCAAUAUCAGCAAUUUUCUACAUGCAAGGCUAUCAAUCAAUC